CGCAGAGAAUAAAGAUAUUUUUUUCCAGUAUUGCAUUUCAUACUCCCACAUCGAUAUCUGCAGCAUACAGAGAAUACGUUUCCCGGGAGCUGCUCCCUCUGUGUCUUAUUCAGCACUCUCCUAGGUCCUCGCGAGCUCUGUGCACACAUUCUUGCGCGCUGCAAAUCUCAGUCUGGGCGAACCCAGCUCCGCCAACAUGGCCAAGGUCGCGGAGGCUGAUUUCAGCAUCAAACCAGAAAACAUCACGCCCCAGAUUCCGACGUCUGAGUGGCCUCUCCUGUUGAAGAACUAUGACAAAUUAUUGGUGCGGACCGGUCAUUUCACGCCGAUCCCUGUGGGCUGCACCCCAUUGAAACGCGAUCUCAAAUCCUACAUCUCGUCCGGCGUCAUCAAUCUCGACAAACCCUCUAACCCCUCUAGCCACGAAGUUGUCGCUUGGGUCAAGCGGAUAUUGCGGGUAGAGAAGACCGGCCACAGCGGCACACUUGACCCCAAAGUCACAGGAUGCUUGAUUGUUUGCAUCGACCGAGCCACUAGAUUGGUGAAAUCGCAACAAGGUGCCGGAAAAGAAUACGUCUGCGUCAUCCGAUUACACGAUAAAUUGCCUGGAGGAGAGGCGCAAUUUGCUCGAGCGCUUGAAACGCUGACGGGUGCCCUGUUCCAACGACCUCCCCUCAUCUCCGCGGUCAAGCGACAGCUCCGUAUCCGAACUAUCCACGAGAGCAAGCUGUACGAGUUCGACAAUGACCGGCAUCUGGGCGUUUUCUGGGUCAGUUGCGAAGCUGGAACUUACAUCAGAACGCUCUGCGUACACCUGGGGUUGCUGCUAGGUGUCGGUGCGCACAUGCAGGAACUGCGAAGAGUCAGGAGUGGAGCGAUGGCCGAGAGCGAUGGCAUGGUCACGUUACACGACGUCCUCGACGCGCAAUGGAUGAUGGACAACAACCGAGACGAGUCGUAUCUGCGCAAAGUGAUUUCCCCGCUCGAGAGUCUCUUGACCACAUACAAGAGAAUUGUUGUCAAGGAUAGCGCGGUCAAUGCUGUCUGUUACGGUGCCAAACUGAUGAUUCCUGGUCUCCUACGAUUCGAGGCUGGUAUCGAAGUCCACGAAGAGGUUGUUUUAAUGACGACGAAGGGCGAAGCCAUCGCUCUUGGUAUUGCGCUGAUGUCGACUGUUGAGCUGUCUACCUGUGACCAUGGUGUUGUUGCCAAAGUCAAGAGAUGCAUCAUGGAGAGAGACCUGUACCCGCGACGGUGGGGUAUGGGACCUGUGGCGCUGGAGAAAAAGAAGAUGAAGUCUGAUGGAAAACUUGACAAAUAUGGACGACCAAACGAAAACACUCCGGCGAAAUGGAAUGCUGAGUACACCGAUUACGGUGCUUCCGCCAAUACGGAAGGAACAAAAUCCGCUCCUGUAGGGGAGACCACUUCCAAAUCCGACGUCCUGUCUGCUCCACCUGUCGCGCCGAAUGGUGACGCCGGCGGUCAAAUGGAUCUCGACGAGACUGCAGCAGAGCCUCCGACGACGAACGGCGAGUCUACCCUGAAGAUGAAGAAAGAAGAAAAGGAGAAGAAGCGCAAGAGUAAACACGAGGGCGAGACGCCUGAGGAGAAAGCCGAGCGGAAACGGAGGAAAAAGGAAAAGAAGGAGAAAAAGGAGAAGAAAAGAGAGAGCGGAGUGAAGGAGGAUAGUGAUGACAGCGAGUGAUUGAAUUGUCCUCGUAAAAGGUGUAUCGGCGAGACCAGACAUUCCAUGACGAUUCGGAUUGCGAACGCAACAAACUAUGAACAUCGACCUACUUGGAGGACCGGCCCAUGGUCACUCGAUCAAAAGCACUUUCUCCGGAGAAGCUGACUCGACUUCCACUCCUCACGCUACCUGCUCUCUGCGGGCGCAAUCCGGGAGACGUUUCUCUGGAGCAGGGAGGAGGACACCUCAAUGCCGCAAUACCGAUUCCUCUCUAGGAGACGGGAAUGGCAAGCAUAGAGGGUCUACAAAGACGCACCACAGUCCCACAGGGGCGUGAUCCUCAAGCUCUUCCGGCGUGGGUGACGAACGGACUUUCGAUCCUGGAAACUCGGUGUCCAGACUGUACAUGAACGGGGUGAUAUCAAGUCGAUGCAUGUUUUGAAGUGGUUGGGGAGGCGGAGUGCUUGUUUGUCAUGUGGACUGGCAAAGAGAAAAGAAAAGCAAAUCGGGAACCAUGCAAUGGAGUUGUUUGAUCUGAAUGAUACCGGACAAUCUGGCUAGCUACUGUUUGGAGAGGUCGGUGAGGCUGAGGAGUAUUCAAUGUUUCUGUUGCGCUGGACAGGAUUGGAUCGCUGGAUGGGCUGCUUCGACUUUGCAUUGAGUAUCUCUACCUCGUCAAUACUUGGCUGCUUGGUUUGAUUCCCCGUAUUCUCCCUGGACUCUUGAGUUGAGCCUUGUCGUGUAGUCUCGUCUCUGAUCGGAACAUGUGUGCUCCACGCAUAUGUAGAUGCUCUAGACAAGAAGUGAAGAGGAAGCUGUCUUUGGCUGACUACCUAACUACC